AUGGCUCAUGCAGCCUCACAAUUAAAGAAAAACAGGGAUUUAGAAAUCAAUGCUGAAGAAGAGACUGAGAAAAAAAGGAAACACCGCAGACGGUCCCGGGAUCGGAAGAAAAAGUCGGAUGCCAAUGCAAGUUACUUAAGAGCAGCUCGAGCCGGACACUUAGAAAAGGCCCUUGACUACAUAAAAAAUGGAGUCGACAUCAACAUUUGCAAUCAGAAUGGGUUGAAUGCUCUCCAUCUUGCUUCCAAAGAAGGCCAUGUAGAAGUUGUUUCUGAGCUGCUACAGAGAGAAGCCAACGUGGAUGCAGCUACAAAGAAAGGAAACACAGCAUUGCAUAUAGCAUCUUUGGCGGGGCAAGCAGAGGUGGUAAAGGUCUUGGUUACAAAUGGAGCCAAUGUCAAUGCCCAAUCCCAGAAUGGUUUCACACCAUUGUAUAUGGCGGCCCAGGAGAACCACCUGGAAGUUGUCAAGUUUCUCCUUGACAAUGGUGCAAGCCAGAGCCUGGCCACGGAGGAUGGCUUCACACCGUUGGCAGUAGCUUUGCAGCAAGGUCACGAUCAAGUAGUGUCACUCCUGCUAGAAAACGACACGAAAGGAAAAGUGCGUCUUCCAGCUCUUCACAUCGCUGCCCGCAAAGAUGACACGAAAGCUGCCGCCCUGCUGCUGCAGAAUGACAACAAUGCAGAUGUGGAGUCGAAGAGUGGCUUCACUCCGCUCCACAUAGCUGCUCACUACGGAAAUAUCAACGUAGCCACAUUGCUGUUAAACCGAGCGGCAGCCGUGGACUUCACUGCGCGGAAUGACAUCACUCCUUUACAUGUUGCAUCAAAACGAGGAAACGCCAAUAUGGUAAAACUAUUGCUUGAUCGAGGAGCUAAAAUUGAUGCCAAAACAAGGGAUGGGCUGACGCCACUGCACUGUGGAGCGAGGAGUGGCCAUGAGCAGGUGGUGGAGAUGCUGCUUGAUCGAGCUGCCCCCAUUCUCUCAAAAACCAAGAAUGGAUUGUCUCCACUGCACAUGGCUACACAGGGGGAUCAUUUAAACUGCGUCCAACUUCUCCUCCAGCAUAACGUGCCUGUGGAUGACGUCACCAAUGACUACCUGACUGCCCUGCACGUGGCUGCCCACUGUGGCCAUUACAAAGUCGCCAAGGUUCUCUUGGACAAGAAGGCUAACCCCAACGCCAAAGCCCUGAAUGGCUUUACCCCUCUCCAUAUUGCCUGCAAGAAGAAUCGAAUUAAAGUAAUGGAACUCCUUCUGAAACAUGGUGCAUCCAUCCAAGCUGUAACCGAGUCGGGCCUUACCCCAAUCCAUGUUGCUGCCUUCAUGGGGCAUGUAAAUAUCGUGUCACAACUAAUGCAUCAUGGAGCCUCACCAAAUACCACCAACGUGAGAGGAGAAACAGCACUGCACAUGGCAGCUCGGUCCGGCCAGGCCGAAGUCGUGCGGUAUCUGGUGCAAGACGGCGCUCAGGUAGAAGCUAAAGCUAAGGAUGACCAAACCCCACUCCACAUUUCUGCCCGAUUGGGGAAAGCAGAUAUAGUACAACAGCUGUUACAGCAAGGAGCAUCUCCAAAUGCAGCCACGACUUCUGGGUACACCCCACUCCACCUUGCAGCCCGAGAGGGGCAUGAGGACGUAGCCGCAUUCCUUUUGGAUCAUGGCGCAUCUUUAUCUAUAACAACAAAGAAAGGAUUUACUCCUCUUCAUGUGGCAGCAAAAUAUGGGAAGCUUGAAGUAGCCAGUCUCCUGCUACAGAAAAGUGCAUCUCCAGAUGCUGCUGGGAAGAGCGGGCUAACUCCACUGCAUGUAGCUGCACAUUACGAUAAUCAGAAAGUGGCCCUUCUGCUUCUGGACCAAGGAGCCUCGCCCCACGCGGCUGCAAAGAAUGGUUAUACACCACUGCACAUUGCUGCCAAAAAGAACCAGAUGGACAUAGCAACAACUCUGCUGGAAUAUGGUGCUGAUGCAAACGCAGUUACCCGGCAAGGAAUUGCUUCUGUCCAUCUUGCAGCUCAGGAAGGACAUGUGGACAUGGUGUCACUGCUCCUCAGCAGAAAUGCUAAUGUGAACUUGAGCAAUAAGAGUGGCCUGACCCCACUCCAUUUGGCUGCUCAAGAAGAUAGAGUGAAUGUGGCCGAAGUCCUAGCAAACCAGGGGGCACACGUGGACGUCCAGACAAAGAUGGGAUACACACCGCUACAUGUGGGCUGCCACUAUGGAAACAUCAAGAUUGUUAACUUCCUGCUCCAGCAUUCUGCAAAAGUGAAUGCCAAAACAAAGAAUGGGUAUACGCCAUUACACCAAGCAGCUCAACAGGGACACACGCAUAUAAUCAAUGUCUUGCUUCAGAACAAUGCCUCCCCCAAUGAACUCACUGUGAAUGGGAACACUGCCCUGGCCAUUGCCCGGAGGCUUGGCUACAUCUCAGUGGUGGACACCCUGAAGGUGGUAACUGAAGAGACUGUGACCACGACUACUGUCAUAGAGAAGCACAAAAUGAAUGUUCCAGAAACGAUGAAUGAAGUCCUUGACAUGUCUGAUGAUGAAGUUCGUAAAGCCAACGCCCCUGAAAUGCUCAGUGAUGGCGAAUAUAUCUCAGAUGUUGAAGAAGGUGAAGAUGCAAUGACAGGCGACACGGACAAGUAUCUUGGGCCACAAGACCUUAAGGAAUUGGGCGAUGAUUCUCUGCCUGCAGAGGGCUACAUGGGCUUCAGUCUGGGGGCCCGUUCUGCCAGCCUCCGCUCCUUCAGUUCGGAUAGGUCUUACACCUUGAACAGAAGCUCCUUCGCGCGGGACAGCAUGACGAUUGAAGAACUCCUGGUGCCAUCCAAAGAGCAGCAUCUAACAUUCACAAGAGAAUUUGAUUCAGAUUCUCUUAGACAUUACAGCUGGGCUGCAGACACCUUGGACAAUGUCAAUCUUGUCUCAAGUCCUGUUCAUUCUGGGUUUCUGGUUAGCUUUAUGGUGGAUGCAAGAGGCGGCUCCAUGAGGGGAAGCCGGCACCACGGGAUGAGAAUCAUCAUUCCUCCUCGCAAGUGCACUGCCCCCACCCGUAUCACCUGCCGUUUGGUAAAGAGACAUAAACUGGCCAACCCACCCCCCAUGGUGGAAGGAGAGGGAUUAGCCAGUAGGCUGGUAGAAAUGGGUCCUGCAGGGGCACAAUUUUUAGGCCCUGUCAUAGUGGAAAUCCCUCACUUUGGGUCUAUGAGAGGAAAAGAGAGAGAACUCAUUGUUCUUCGAAGUGAAAAUGGUGAAACGUGGAAGGAGCAUCAGUUUGACAGUAAAAAUGAAGAUUUAACCGAAUUACUUAAUGGCAUGGAUGAAGAACUUGAUAGCCCAGAAGAGUUAGGGAAAAAGCGUAUCUGCAGGAUUAUCACUAAGGAUUUCCCCCAGUAUUUCGCAGUGGUUUCACGGAUUAAGCAGGAAAGCAAUCAGAUUGGUCCUGAAGGUGGAAUUCUGAGCAGCACCACUGUGCCCCUCGUCCAAGCUUCUUUCCCAGAGGGUGCUUUAACCAAAAGAAUUCGAGUGGGCCUCCAGGCCCAGCCUGUUCCAGAUGAAACUGUGAAAAAGAUCCUUGGAAACAAAGCAACAUUUAGCCCAAUUGUCACUGUGGAACCAAGAAGAAGGAAAUUCCAUAAACCUAUCACAAUGACCAUUCCAGUGCCCCCGGCCUCUGGAGAAGGUGUCUCCAACGGGUACAAGGGAGACACCACACCCAAUCUGCGCCUUCUCUGUAGCAUUACAGGGGGCACAUCGCCUGCUCAGUGGGAAGACAUCACAGGAACUACUCCUUUGACGUUUAUAAAGGAUUGUGUCUCUUUUACAACCAAUGUUUCAGCCAGAUUUUGGCUUGCAGACUGCCAUCAAGUUUUAGAAACUGUGGGGUUAGCCACACAACUGUACAGAGAAUUAAUAUGUGUUCCAUAUAUGGCCAAGUUUGUUGUUUUUGCCAAAAUGAAUGAUCCUGUAGAAUCCUCUCUGCGAUGUUUCUGCAUGACAGAUGAUAAAGUGGACAAAACUUUAGAGCAGCAAGAGAAUUUUGAGGAAGUUGCAAGAAGCAAAGAUAUUGAGGUUCUGGAAGGAAAGCCUAUUUAUGUUGAUUGUUAUGGAAACCUGGCCGCACUUACCAAAGGAGGACAGCAACUUGUUUUUAACUUUUAUGCUUUCAAAGAAAAUAGACUGCCAUUUUCCAUCAAGAUUAGAGACACCAGCCAAGAGCCCUGUGGUCGUCUGUCUUUUCUGAAAGAACCAAAGACAACAAAAGGACUGCCUCAAACAGCUGUUUGCAACUUAAACAUCACUCUGCCUGCACAUAAAAAGGAGACAGAGUCAGAUCAAGAGGAUGAGACCGAGAAAAUGGAUAGACGACAGAGCUUUGCAUCGUUGGCUUUACGUAAGCGCUACAGCUACUUGACUGAGCCUGGAAUGAUUGAACGGAGCGCAGGACCAACGAGAUCCCUCCCCACCACUUACUCAUACAAGCCAUUCUUUUCUGCAAGAGCAUACCCGUCCUACACAGCAGCUCCGAUGACAGUGCCCGGGCCGGCCACAUCAGGCUUCACUUCCUUAUCAAGUUCCUCCUCUAAUACGCCAUCAGCUUCUCCAUUAAAAUCCAUAUGGUCUGUUUCGACUCCUUCUCCAAUCAAAUCCACGUUAGGCGCAUCAACUACAUCUUCGGUUAAAUCCAUUAGUGAUGUGGCAUCUCCAAUUAGAUCCUUUCGGACAAUUUCUUCGCCAAUAAAAACGGUGGUGUCACCGUCUCCCUACAAUAUCCAGGUCUCCUCUGGUACCCUGGUUAGAGCUCCCACAGUCACGGAGGCCUCGCCUUUAAAGGGGCUGGCAUCCAAUUCUACGUUUUCCUCUCGAACCUCCCCAGUGACUACAGCAGGAUCUCUUUUGGAGAGGUCAUCCAUUACCAUGACACCCCCUGCUUCCCCCAAAUCAAACAUCAAUAUGUAUUCCUCGAGUCUGCCAUUUAAGUCAAUGAUCACAUCCACAGCACCGCUAAUAUCUUCACCUUUAAUGUCAGUGGUGUCCCCAGCUAAAUCAACAGCUGAUGUCAUUCCAUCAGCUAAAGGUACGAUGGCCUCUUCGCUCUCAUCACCCGUGAAACAGAUGCCUGGACACGCAGAGGUAGCAUUAGUCAACGGAUCUAUUUCCCCUCUGAAAUACCCAUCAUCUUCAACUUUAAUUAACGGAUGCAGAGCCACGGCCACGUUACAGGAAAAAAUUGCUACAGCUACAAACUCGGUGAGCUCUGUGGUUAACGGAGCCGCUGACGCAGUUGAGAAAGUGUUCCCGACCACCACAGCAAUGCCGUUUUCCCCACUCAGGUCAUAUGUUUCUCCAGCACCAUCAGCUUUUCAGGCUCUAAGAACUCCUUCUGCAAGUGCACUCUAUACAUCCCUCGGGUCGUCAAUAUCUGCAACUACCUCAUCUGUAACGUCAUCAAUAAUAACAGUGCCAGUAUACUCUGUAGUCAAUGUUUCGCCAGAACCAGCAUUAAAGAAACUUCCAGACUCUAAUUCACUUACAAAAUCAGCAGCAGCCUUGCUGUCGCCCAUUAAAACAUUGACUACGGAGACACUUUCUCAGCCCCAUUUCAAUCGAACUUCAUCUCCAGUUAAGUCAUCUUUGUUCCUUGCACCAUCUGCCCUUAAGCUGUCUACGCCACCUUCUCUAUCUUCCAGUCAGGAGAUACUAAAAGACGUGGCUGAAAUGAAGGAGGACCUAAUGCGGAUGACUGCAAUACUCCAAACAGAUGUGCCUGAGGAGAAGCCAUUCCAACCUGAACUCCCCAAAGAAGGGAGAAUCGACGAUGAAGAACCUUUCAAAAUUGUCGAGAAAGUGAAGGAAGACUUAGUGAAAGUUAGUGAAAUCCUUAAAAAGGAUGUCUGUGUGGAUAAGGGACCACCCAAAUCACCAAAGAGUGACAAAGGACAUUCUCCCGAAGACGACUGGAUAGAAUUCAGUUCAGAAGAAAUAAGAGAGGCAAGACAACAGGCUGCUGCGAGCCAUUCUCCAUCUCCGCCAGAGAGAGUGCAAGUCAAGGCAAAGGCUGCCUCCGAAAAGGAUUAUAACUUGACCCAAGUGAUUGAUUACCUAACAAAUGAUAUCGGGAGUAGUUCACUGACAAACUUAAAGUACAAGUUUGAGGAGGCCAAGAAGGAUGGUGAAGAGAGACAGAAACGAAUUUUAAAACCAGCAAUUGCACUGCAGGAACACAAACUCAAAAUGCCUCCAGCCUCCAUGAGGUCUUCCACCUCCGAGAAAGAGUUAUGUAAGAUGGCCGAUUCCUUUUUUGGAACAGAUACUAUUUUAGAGUCUCCAGAUGACUUUUCUCAACAUGACCAAGAUAAAAGUCCCUUGUCUGACAGUGGCUUUGAAACAAGAAGUGAGAAAACACCUUCGGCCCCACAAAGCGCUGAAAGCACUGGACCCAAACCACUUUUUCAUGAAGUCCCCAUCCCUCCGGUCAUUACAGAAACGAGAACUGAAGUGGUUCAUGUUAUCAGAAGCUAUGAGCCCUCAGCUGGAGAGGCUCCCCCGUCCCAACCAGAGGAGCCCGUGUCACCCAAACCGUCACCUCCUUUUAUGGAACUGGAACCGGAAAAGCCUACCACUUCUAGUAUUAAAGAAAAAGUCAAAGCGUUUCAAAUGAAAACCAGUAGCGAGGAAGACGACCACAGUCACGUUCUGGGCAAAGGCAUGCGUGUUAAAGAAGAGACUCAUAUAACCACAACCACCAGAAUGGUUUAUCACUCUCCACCAGGCAGUGAAGGCACCUCUGAGAGAAUUGAAGAAACCAUGUCAGUCCACGACAUCAUGAAGGCCUUUCAGUCCGGGCGAGACCCUUCCAAAGAGCUGGCAGGUCUGUUUGAACAUAAGUCGGCAGUGUCCCCAGACGUUCACAAGUCUGCUGCUGAAACCUCAGCCCAGCACGCAGAGAAGGACAACCAAAUGAAACCCAAACUGGAGCGUAUAAUAGAAGUCCACAUCGAAAAAGGUAACCAAGCUGAGCCCACUGAAGUCAUUAUUAGAGAAACCAAAAAGCAUCCAGAAAAGGAAAUGUAUGUAUAUCAGAAAGACUUAUCCCGGGGAGAUAUUAACCUAAAAGAUUUUCUGCCAGAAAAACACGAUGCUUUUCCUUGUUCAGAGGAACAGGGUCAGCAAGAAGAAGAAGAACUCACUGCUGAAGAGUCGUUGCCGUCUUACCUGGAGUCUUCCAGAGUAAACACUCCCGUGUCCCAAGAAGAAGAUAGUCGCCCUAGCUCUGCUCAGCUCAUAUCUGAUGACUCUUACAAAACACUGAAGCUCUGGAGUCAGCACUCAAUAGAAUACCAUGACGAUGAGUUGUCAGAACUAAGAGGGGAAUCUUACAGGUUUGCUGAGAAAAUGCUUCUGUCAGAAAAGCUAGAUGUGUCUCAUUCUGAUACCGAGGAAUCAGUUACAGACCAUGCGGGACCCCCUAGCUCAGAGUUACAGGGGUCUGAUAAGCGGGCCAGAGAAAAAGUAGUCACUGCCCCCCAAAAAGAAAUUCUCUCCAAAAUCUAUAAAGAUGUGUCUGAAAAUGGUGUAGGUAAAGUGUCUAAGGAUGAGCAUUUUGAUAAAGUGACAGUGUUGCACUAUUCUGGCGAUGUUAGUAGUCCAAAACAUGCCAUGUGGAUGCGCUUUACUGAGGACAGAUUAGACAGAGGUAGAGAGAAGUUGAUGUACGAAGAUAGGGUGGACAGGACCGUGAAGGAAGCUGAAGAAAAACUGACUGAAGUGUCACAGUUUUUUCGUGACAGAACCGAAAAGCUCAAUGAUGAACUGCAGUCCCCAGAGAAAAAGCCACACCCUAGGAAUGGCAAAGAAUACUCAUCUCAAAGCUCUACCAGUAGCAGCCCUGAGAAAGCACUGCUGACAGAACUGCUGGCAAACGGUGACGAGUGGGUCAAGGCGAGGCAGCGUGGCUGCGACAGACAAGGCUUCCCCAGAGCCGAUGAGAAGGACGCAGCCAGUCUGCCCAGCAGCCCGGAGGUGGUUCCUUCCCAACAGACUGAGGAUAGCAAGUCCACAGAGGAAGCCAAAGGAAGUCGUUCACAGAGCAAAGAAUCAGAAGGGCCCCAGUCUGGGUUUCAGCUCAAACAAUCUAAACUCAGUUCCAUUAGAUUAAAAUUUGAACAAGGUGCGCAGGCCAAAAGUAAGGACGUUUCUCAAGAAGACAGAAGGCCAGAUGGCCAAUCCAAAAUCCCAGUUAAAAAAAUCCAGGAGAGCAAGCUACCUGUCUACCAAGUGUUCGCUAGAGAGAAACAGCAGAAGGCCAUAGACCCUUUGGAUGAAAGUGUCCCUGUGCAGAAAGAUCUUACGGUAUUCAAAGCUAAAGAUGAGCAUGCCCAGAGCAAUGAAAUGGUUAUAACUGAUUUUGGCUCUGAUGACGUGAAAAAACAGAGAACUGAAACGUCAAGUAAAGCAAUGCCUGACUAUUUUUCUGAGCAACAGGCUAAAGACUUGGCAUGCCACGUAACCGCAGAAUUAGCCACCAAGGGACCAUGGGACAAAAAGAUCUUUAGAACGUGGGAAAGUUCUGGAGCCACUAACAAUAAGUCGCAGAAAGAGAAACUUUCGCAUGUACUUGUUCAUGAUGUAAGAGAGAAUCAUGUUGGUCACCCUGAGAGUAAAACUGUUGAUCAGAGGGAUGAAUUUUUGUCUGUGACUGAGAGAGAACAUAAAUUGUUGACAAAUGGCUCUCUCUCAGAAAUUAAGGAAAUGACUGUAAAAUCUCCCUCCAAAAAAGUCUUAUAUAGGGAAUACGGUGUUAAAGACGGGGAACAUCCAGGUGGAUCUCCUGACCAACCUUCCAGGAGAAGUGAGAGCUCGGCAGCGUCGCACAUCCCAGUCAGGGCUGCGGAGGAAAGGAGGGCGCCGUCUUCGGACAUUCCCGAUGGCUUUUGCAAGCAGUCGACAUUUCCAAAACAUGAACUAUCUCAAAAGUUAUCCCGAUCAAGUAUGAGUAAAGAGACGGUUGAGACACAGCACUUUAAUUCCAUAGAAGAUGAAAAAGUUACCUAUUCAGAAAUCAGCAAAGUUUCCAAACGUCAGAGUUACGUAGGCUUAUGCCCGCCUCUCGAUGAAACCGAGCUCUCCCCGACCAAGUCUCCUGAUUCUCUAGAGUUUAGCCCAGGAAAGGAAUCGCCCUCUAGUGAUGUAUUCGACCACAGUCCCAUUGAUGGAUUGGAAAAAGUUGCACCACUGGCCCAGACGGAGGAAGGGAAAGAGAUAAAAACUUUACCUGUUUAUGUCAGUUUUGUACAGGUGGGGAAGCAGUAUGAAAAGGAGAUACAACAAGGAGGUGUAAAAAAAAUCGUAAGUCAGGAAUGUAAGACGGUACAAGAGACCAGGGGGACCUUUUAUACAACUAGACAGCAAAAGCCACCCUCUUCUCCCCAGGCUAGUCCAGAAGAUGAUACUCUAGAGCAAGUGUCCUUUCUAGACAGCUCUGGGAAAAGUCCUUUAACCCCAGAGACGCCCAGUUCAGAGGAAGUGAGUUAUGAAUUUACAUCUAAGACACCAGACUCGCUUAUAGCUUAUAUACCAGGCAAACCCAGCCCAAUUCCCGAGGUUUCGGAGGAAUCUGAGGAGGAGGAACAGGCCCGGUCAGCCUCCUUAAAGCAGACUGCAGUGGAGGAGACGGCAGCCGUCGAGCACCAAACGCCUAACCAUGUGAGCACAGACUCUAACCAAAGACUCAGAACUAACAGAGUUGCCUACAUUGAAUUUCCCCCUCCUCCACCGCUGGAUGCAGACCAGAUGGAGUCCGAUAAGAAACAUCCGUAUCUCCCUGAAAGAGACGUUGACAUGAUUGAAGUCAGUCUGCAAGACGAGCAUAACAAGUACCGGCUGGCGGAACCGGUCAUCAGGGUGCAGCCACCUUCCCCAGUUCCUCCUGGGGCGGACAUCAGUGACUCCAGCGAUGACGAAUCCCUUUAUCAACCAGUCCCGGUCAAAAAGUACACCUUCAAGUUAAAGGAGGUCGACGACGAACAAAAAGAAGGGACAAAAUCCAAAGCCUCUGCUGAAAAGGCUUCCACCCAGAAAGAAUCAGACAUGAAUGGAUCUGGAAAAGAUACUGAAUUUGGCCUUGGCCUUGAUUCACCUCAGAAUGAAACGGCCCAGAAUGGGAACAAUGACCAGUCCAUCACAGAGUGUUCCAUUGCCACCACGGCAGAGUUUUCUCACGACACAGAUGCCACAGAGAUCGACUCUCUGGACGGCUACGACCUGCAAGACGAAGAUGACGGCUUGACAGAGAGUGAUUCUAAAUUCCCAGGUCAAACCCUAGAGCUGAAGAAAGAUGUCUGGAACACGGAGGGCAUUCUGAAGCCAGCUGAUCGCUCCUUUAGCCAAAGCAAGUUGGAAGUUAUCGAGGAGGAGGAGGGAAGGGUGGGGCCAGAUGAAGAGAAGCCACCUUCUAAAAGCUCUUCAUCUGAAAAGACUCCCGCCAAGACUGAUCAGAAGUCGGGGGCCCAGUUUUUCACACUAGAAGGCAGACAUCCGGACAGAUCAGUGUUUCCGGAUACUUAUUUCAGUUACAAAGUAGAUGAAGAAUUUGCCACUCCUUUUAAGACAGUAGCUACCAAAGGUCUAGAUUUUGACCCCUGGUCUAAUAACCGAGGGGAUGAUGACGUUUAUGACGGUAAAUCACGGGAAGAUGAAACUAAGCCAUUCGGUCUGGCUGUGGAAGACCGCUCUCCAGCCACCACCCCUGAUACAACGCCAGCCCGAACGCCAACUGACGAAAGUACCCCUACUAGUGAGCCUAACCCCUUCCCAUUUCAUGAAGGAAAAAUGUUUGAGAUGACUCGCAGUGGUGCAAUUGACAUGAGCAAGAGGGAUUUUGUUGAAGAGAGGCUCCAAUUUUUCCAGAUUGGUGAGCAUACUUCUGAAGGGAAGUCAGGGGACCCGGGGGAAGGGGAUAAAAGUACAGUCACUGCCACCCCACAGCCACAGGCAGGGGACACCCCUGUAGAAACCAAUCUAGAGGGAAAUGUAGAGGCACCUACAGUGGAACCUAACCCCAGCAUCCCGACCAGCGGAGAGUGUCAGGAAGGCACAUCCAGUAGUGGCUCCCAGGAGAAAGCAGCAGCGGCCACUAACACCUCUAAACUUGACCCCAAGUUGCGCACGCCUAUAAAAAUGGGAAUUUCUGCAUCCACCAUGACCUUGAAGAAAGAAGGCCCUGGAGAAGUGACAGAUAAGAUAGAAGCUGUGAUGACCAGUGGUCAGGGAUUAGAGAAUGAACCUGUAACAGUGAUUUCAAAUACAGCCGAUAGCCACAUGGGCGUUAGGCCCCAAGAAAAACAUGAUUUUCAAAAAGAUAACUUUAAUAACAACAACAAUUUGGAUUCUUCCACUAUACAGACAGAUAACAUUACAAGUCAUGUAGUUCUGACAGAACAUUCUGCACCCACUUGUACCACAGAGAAAGCUAAUCCAGUGAAAAGCUCAUCAGGAAAAAGGACAGGGGUACUGCAAGGACACUGUGUGAGAGAGAAACAGAAAGUUCUUGGAGAGCAGCAAAAGACAAAGGAAUCGCUAGGGAUUAGGCGAAAAUCCAAACUUCCCAUAAAGGCCACUUCACCAAAAGAUCUCUUCCCACCAGACCAUAGGCCAGACAUCCAUGUGAGUAAAAUGAAGCAGGUUAGUCAAUCUGAGAAAACCAAAACCCUCACUGCUUCUUCACGUGUAGAUGUAAAAUCCAGAAUUCCAGUGAAGGAUACACACAGGGAAAACACAGGUUCAGUUAGAAAACCGUGUGCUGCACAAAAGCAGGGGCAGCCAGGCAAAGGCAAGGCCAAACAGCUUCCAUCCAAGUUGCCAGUAAAGGUAAGAUCCACCUGUGUCACCACCGUCACCACCACCACCACCACCACCACCACAGUUAAAGUUAGGAAAAGUCAGCUUAAGGAAGUCUGUAAACACUCCAUUGAAUAUUUUAAGGGAAUUAGUGGUGAGACCUUAAAGCUUGUGGACCGCCUCUCUGAAGAAGACAAAAAGAUGCAGUCCGAGUUGUCCGAUGAGGAAGACAGUACCUCAAGAAACACGUCGUUGUCCGAGACUUCCCGGGGUGGCCAGCCUUCGGUUACAACGAAGUCUGCUAGAGAUAAGAAAACAGAGGCAGCACCUUUAAAAUCAAAGAGUGAAAAGGCCGGCAGUGAGAAAUGGAGCAGUAGGAGGACUGGUCCACAGAGUCCAUGUGAACGGACAGAUAUCAGGAUGGCAAUAGUAGCCGAUCACCUGGGACUUAGUUGGACAGAACUGGCAAGGGAACUGAAUUUUUCAGUGGAUGAAAUCAAUCAAAUACGUGUGGAAAAUCCAAAUUCUUUAAUUUCUCAAAGCUUCAUGUUAUUAAAAAAAUGGGUUACCAGAGACGGAAAAAAUGCUACAACUGAUGCCUUAACUGCGGUCUUGACAAAAAUUAAUCGAAUAGAUAUAGUGACUCUGCUAGAAGGACCAAUAUUUGAUUAUGGAAAUAUUUCAGGCACCAGAAGUUUUGCAGAUGAGAACAAUGUUUUCCAUGACCCUGUGGAUGGUUGGCAGAAUGAGAUAUCAAGUGGAAACCUAGAGUCCCCUGCUCAAGCUCGAAGAAUAACUGGUGGGUUACUAGAUCGACUGGAUGACAGCCCUGACCAGUGUAGAGAUUCCAUUACCUCGUAUCUCAAAGGGGAACCUGGAAAAUUUGAAGCAAAUGGAAGCCAUGCAGAAGUCACUCCAGAAGCAAAGACAAAAUCUUACUUUUCAGAAUCCCAAAAUGAUAUAGGGAAACAGAGUUCAAAGGAAACUCUGAAACCAAAAAUACAAGGUUCUGGUCGUGUUGAUGAACCAGCAUCAUCACUAGCGGCAUAUCAGAAAGCUCUAGAAGAAACCAGCAAGUUUGUCAUAGAAGAGCCUAAACCCUGUGUGCCUGUCAGUAUGAAAAAGAUGAGUAGGACUACUCCUGCAGAUGGCAAGCCAAGGCUUAACUUCCAUGAAGAAGAGGGAUCCAAUGGGUCUGAGCAAAAGCAGGGAGAAGGUUAUAAGAUGAAGACGAAGAAAGAAAUCCGGCAUGUGGAAAAGAAGAGUCACUCAUAACAGUAAAUGGUCAGUCAAGGUGGAUCAUACUGUUUUUAUUGCCAGUAUUGAGAAAUUCAUGGAAGAUAAGUCAGCAGGAAGUAAAAAUUUACGGAGAAGGGUGUGUGUGUUUGCUGCUUCCACACAUUAAUGGCAUGAUUUUUUUUUUAUGCACAAAGAAAAAAAAGGAAAAGAAAACCACCCACAUUUUAAUUUAGCAUGAGCCAAUUUACAGAGCAUGAAAAUUCACUUUCAUUCCCAGGAUUGGCACGUGUGCAAUUAGCAAUGCAGUGUAUAUACGAGAAGCCAUGCUGUUACCAGUUUAUCUCAAGUGAUUUGGUGUCAUUUACAAAAGGAAGAAAUUCCUGCCGCCAGAAGAGACAGAAGGAGAUGGAAUGAUCAAAUCAUGGAGAAACACUAAAAUUACUAAAUCUACAACAGCUCGCCUUAUUUUUCUUGGACCCAAACUGUCAGGGUAUAAACACUAUUUGUUUCUUUUUUAAAACAUCUAUAGUUUUGCUGUAAAUAAUAACACUGUAUAAAUUCUAACAGAAAAAUGGAAUAAAUGUCAAUAAGGCACUGCCUCUUAGAACACAAAGAGAAUAUUGCAGAUGCAUUUAACAUAACGGGGGUCUCAAGUGACUUCACCCCAAAAGAAGGAGGAGGGGUGAUGGGUAGGGGGAUCUUCACCGAUUCUUGUAUAUUAGCAAUUAUAAUGUUUGUAUACGCAAAACUGCUAGCUUGAUUUUAAAAAAACAAAUCUUUAAAAUCUGCUGCAAAUUUAAAUAAUUCCCAAAAUGAGGAAUUCUGUAGUUCUGUGAAAAAAAUUUUUCUUCAGAAUACUAAUAUUUUGAUGCAUGUGUAUCACCUUAUUUUGAUUAACUCUUUUCCAAUUUUGCAAACACUACAGUAUACUGCAACACAGAAGAUUUUAUCUGUAAACACAAAGCCCUUCAUCUAAUAUUUGUUGCUAUUGCCAAUUUUUCAAUGAAAUGACCUAAAAAUGAAAAAAAAAAUAACCUAUACGGUAGUUGCUUUAGGGGGAGGGGGGUGCUGGUAGUGCUUAAAAGGGUAAUGCUUGCCGCUUUAGAGGUGGAUGGUGCUCAUAAGAGGCCCCUGUCAGGGGUAUUUUCAGUGGACUGCACAGAAAUUCUUAGCUAGUAAAAUGGCAGCACGCUGUAAACUUAUUCCUGUAUCGUGUACUGGCUGUAAGAUGUAGACACCUUUCAGUAAGCCAAUCAUUUGUAACCAUUCUAGCCAUGUCAUACUAGGUUAAUAAGGCUGCUGUGUUUUAAAGGGCAUUUUUAUUUGGGUUUUGGUGAAAUUCUUUAAUUUGUUGAUUAUAUUCAUAUAAAAUCAGCAUUUAUUGACACAUAGCUCUAAUGACAUAUGUAUGAGAAACCAUACACUGGAUGACCUAGUCGAUUAUUUAAGCAUA